CGCGACCGCGACCGCCCGACGCUGCCUCUCGCCCGGGAGUGAUGAGGGCGGCUCUCCGCAACUGGAUCGCCUGGACACUCAGUGCUGUACUGACGACCGUGAGUGCGUCUCCGCCAGACAGUCUGAAGCUGGUGUGGUUGUCCAACUCUUCGCUCACGUGCAACGAUGGUUCUCCUGCUGGCUACUACAUCCGACGCGGCAGCGACAGCUCGCACUGGGUGGUGUACCUGGAGGGCGGCGGCUACUGCUGGGACGCGGCGUCGUGCGGCGCGCGCUGGCGGCGCCGGCCCGCGCUCAUGUCGUCGGCGCGCUGGCCCCGCGCCCGCCGCGCGCCCGCGCUGCUCUCCGCCGACCCCGCCGCCAACCCGCUCUGGCACGCCUCCUCCCACGUGCUGCUGCCCUACUGCUCCAGCGACAUGUGGGCCGGCACCCGCGCGCGCCGCCACAACGCCUCCUUCGCCUUCGCCGGCGCGCUCAUCGUGCGCACCGUGCUCGACGACCUGCUCCGCCUCGGGCUCUCCGGCCGCCUGCUGCUCGUCGGCUCCAGCGCCGGCGGCGCCGGGGUCAUGCUGCACGCCGACUCCGCCCGCCGCGCCCUGCGCGCCCACGGCGUCCGCGUCGCGGUGCUCUCCGACUCCGGCUGGUUCCUGGACCGGCCCGCUCGGGCGCGGCGCGUCCCCGCCGAGACCGUCGCGAAGCUCGGCCACUCCCUGUGGCGCGGCUCCCCCCCUAUGUCGUGCGCCCGGAAGCACUCCUUGAAGCCCUGGCUGUGCUACUUCGGCUAUAGACUGUAUCCUUACAUUCGCACGCCGUUGUUCGUGUUCCAAUAUCUGUUCGACUCGGCGCAGCUGGCCGCCGAGGGAGUUCGCGCGCCGCGCACGAGGGCCCAGUGGGAUGCGGUGCACCAGACCGGCGCGGCGAUCCGCGCGAGCCUAAAAGGCGUCCGGGCCACCUUCGCCCCGGCGUGUCUCGCUCACGGGGCGCUGGCGAGGCCCGAGUGGCUCGCGAUCAACGUCUCGGGCGUGUCUCUUCCGCACGCCAUCAAAUGCUGGGAGCGGCGCCUGGGCGGCGGGGGAAGGUUCCCGAGGGGAGGCUGCGCGCCUCGCCGCCUGAUCGAGCGGUGCUCGUGGCCGCAGUGCAACGGCUCGUGCCCGCGCCUGCGCGACCCGAAGACGGGCGAGGAGGUGGCGCUGGCGGCGCUGCUGCAGAGCUUCGGGCUGGACGUGAGCGGCGCGGCGGCCGCCAUGGGGCUGGACGCGCGUGCGCUGUCGCGCAUGAGCCGCGCCGAGCUCCUGCCGCUGCUCGCUCCGCACACGUGAUAUUUUAAGAUAAACUCUUUUUGUGCCUUCGGGCACGGUGAAUCUACCUCGUUUGUUGCGCAAGUACAAUUUAUUGUAAUAUUAG